CCAUGGUUAUCACGUGGUCGGUUGGUCGCGUGAGCAUGCAGCUGAUAGCUGAUACAGGGGCACCGGCGCAUACGGCACCGACGUCCUCGUAGCAGCACCGGCAGCGCUUGCUUGCUUGCUUCGACUGUGGCCCGGCCGGUUUAAACAAAGACAGCGAGGCCUGCAGCAGCGUAGUGUAAGCCGGGUGGAACGACGCGCUUCGCAAUAUAGUAGCCAAACAUAACCGCGAACGCCGUUUCCAGCUGCCAGCAUCAUGACUAGCAGUCCCGCCACACGUCACAAAGGCCUACCGGUGACAUACACUUACUUGAUCCCAUCAACGCCGAGCAGCCCGCAACCGUGGCACAAAGAAGUUUCCCCGCCCCCGAUGGCCCGGCGAGACGACGCUGGCUGCUUCACAUGCGUCUCCUGCCACAAGGAGUUCAGCAGCGAGUACGACUUCGUGGUACAUCAGAGGCGGCACACGGGAGAGCGACCAUUUCAGUGUUCCAGGUGCUUCGAGUCAUUUGCAUCGGCGUCAGCUCUGCUAUUGCAUCGGGGCAGCGUGCAUGACAGUCGGUCACCGUUCCGAUGCACCUUCUGUGGACGCACCUUCAACGAGGGCGAUGCCUACUCACACCACCUGAGCCGGCACCGGCGAACAGGCUUCUGCUUUCGUUGUUCAUGCACACGGCUCUUCCGCGAUGAAGAAGAGAUCAGGGCACACUUGGCUGUGCAUGAGAGCGGCAACGGACACAAAUGCCCGUGCUGCCGCAGGGUGUAUGAGUCGCUCCUCGCGCUCGGCGCACACUUUACCAAGCAUGAGAAGGCUGGUAAGACGAAGAUGAUGAAGACGCCGCCACGACGCAUCUCCCGGUGAUGACAUAUGCAGCACAGUGUGUUUACGUGCCUCUGUUUGCUAUUCACUUUUGCAGCAUUGGCAUGGGACUAAUCUUGUGGACUACACAACACGCUUUCUGCAAAAGCCUAUGCCUGCUUCCCACAAAGGCACGGAGCGCCCAUUGUAAUGCCAUGCCUGAAAUGUCCCUCAACAGCUCCAUCUUCCUGCUGUGGAACUCCAGUGCUAGGCAACCAAUUGUUCCCUGUGACUGCCAAGCCCUUCAGCAUAGCCGAAUCCAAACGCAGAUGCGAUUCCCAGUGAUACCACAGUGGGUCAUUAGACUUGGCAUCUUGUGCAUCUGGCUUAACUCUUCUCUGAACCUCCUAUUAGCUUGACAUAACUUCGUACCCCGGUUGCAUGAACACACGAAGUGUCAAGUCCCAAAAUCAGAGAUGUGAAAUGUGCUGUAAAAGUACUAGCAGUAAAGGCUGAAGCAUAAAGGUGUGUGUGUGUGUGUGUAUUUUCCAACCCAUUUCUCAUGUAGCAAAUGAAACUAGCAAACUUGGCGUAUUUAAGUAAUAAGCCAGACUCGGUAGCCUGCCUUUAGAUAACCCGAUUGUCUGCAAACAUGUGGCACGCAAGAAGUAUUUACAAGAACAAUUGCCACAGAAGGAAAUGAACGGGGCUAGUUGGUGGACGUUCACGAUUGUAUUGUGCUUAAUGUUAGAAAUUGUGCCACGUGCAUCCCUGUCUUGUUGCUUUAUGUGUCCCAUUAGUUCUUCCAUCAGUGUAACACUAAAUGCAAUUACAAUCAUGAAUGCUACAAAACAUAUGCAUUUAUGCAAGCAGCAAAACUGGACAGCUUGGGAAUAGAACCAAGAAUACAUAAAGUGUCAGGACGUGGCUGCUCAUGUGCCAUUGCAGAGAGUGAAACAGUGCCCGAAAUCAUGUUUUUGUGCAACACACAGCAUGAUUUUACUAAAACUUUAACGCUUGUCGAGUUAUUUCACAGCAUGCGUACCGCUUUUAGUUUGUACGGUUUCAGAUUGGAAAUAAAUUCACCUUUUCGUAA